AUGGCGGAGGCCGCAAGUGCAGCAGGAGCGAUGCCGCUCCUCCCUGGCCUCCCCGACGACAUCUCCAUCUGGGAGAUCCUCGUUCGCCUUCCCCCCAAAUCCAUCCUCCGCAGCCGUGCCGUCUCCCCCGCCUGGCGCCGCGCCACCUCCGACUGCGACUUCCUCCUCGCCCACCACGCCCGCCAGCCCACCCUCCCCCUCCUGUACGGCGACACUGACGACCUAUCGUCCAUGGAAAUCAUCACCCGCGACCACCGGCACCGGGCAGCCGACAAGCUCCAGUCAGUCGCCCGACUUGACGACGACGCCUCCUGCUUCAUUCCCGUGGCCUGUUGUGAUGGCCUCCUCGUCUUACGCACCUAUAAUAAGAGGGGUGAGAGGCGCCUCUCCAUCUGCAACCCGGCCACUCGUCAGUAUGCUCCCCUCCACCAGCUUCGUGGCUUCAAGCUCUUGGGGAUGUACCCACACGACCCUACCGGCGACUACCGACUAUUGCUCUGCUUGGAAGCUGAUGCUCAAAGUGGCUCCUAUAUCUUCACAUUGGGCUCUGGUCAGCCACCGAGGCGCAUAAGGGGCCCUAAUGCGAAGGAACUGAUGAAUUCCCAUGGAUCUGUUCUUUUCCAUGGCAGCUUGCAUUGGCACACCGACAACCUGAUAAUGGUAUUUGACACCACCACCGAGUCGUUCCAGCAGAUGCGCACUCCGAUUGUUUCUGGUCAUGUCAUUGCUGGCCUGUUUGAGAUGGGUGACAUGCUUGGCAUGUUCAGCCUUAAUGACGAAGAGACCAUUGUUGAUAUCUGGGUGAUGCAGGACUAUCAAGGGCAAGUCUGGGCCUCCAAAGGCCGGGUUGAAUUUCCCAUUGAAGAGCUCAUGGCGCAAUCUGAAGAUCUUGGUAGUUGCUGGCUAGUGGAGGCCACAUAUUGGGAUGGUGAUCUGCUGGUGCUGGCCAAAUUUGACGACGGCUCGCUACUUCUGGUUGACAUUGAUGGCAAGUUGGUUGACAGUCUCGGUCACAGACUCCUCUAUCCUACCCCACUUCGGCUGAAACAAUCUCUAGUUCCACAUACCUUCUUUCCGGCACUAGAGGGUUAUGUUGUCAAUGCUUCGCCUUUCAUCUGA